AUGGGGACCUGCCCGGUCCGCGCUCUCUGGGCCUGGCCAUCCGGCCUGGUCUCACACACGAGGAAGCCCCUGUCAGGCCGUGAGCAGCCCGAACAGACCGUGCCCCCUUCCCCGCCCCACGCCGCCAUCGCUCCGCUGCGCCUCGGGAUCCAGAGGAACGCGCAGGCUCUGCACCAGGUCCUGAACCACCCCCUGGGUUACCGGGAUGCCGGAGCACAGCUGGAUUGUGUGCAGAAGCCCUGCGUGCCUCGGAAGAAGCACGGGGGGAUGCUCGGCCCUCCGGCCUGGAAAACAAAAGCCGAGAUCCUGGAAGGAAUCCUGCUGGCCAUGAGGAACACCGGGACCUUCACUGAGGUGCCCUUGGCCACCGAUUUGCAGGGGAGGAAAUCCAAGGCCAGGGAAUACCGGGAGGUGCUGAGGCUGAUGGAGGAAUUCCAGGAGGUGUUUGGGAUCCCUCUCCUUGUCCAGGAGGUGCCCAAGCCAUCGGAUGAGGCACAGAUGCCAAAAGCCCUUCCCGCACAGGCUGCAUCCAACCAGCUACAGCCAGCAAGGAGGGUGCCCAAGGUUCAGUGGAGCCAGUGCAGGCAGGGCUUGAAUAAAGCUUCCCACACCUUGGGCCUCUGGGGUAAAUCCCUUCUUUUCCAUCGUAUUUGGAGCCAGUUUUCCCUUCCUGAGGCUGGAAAACCCAACGUGGUGCCAGGAUUCACCCCAGCUUUUCACCUCGGAAAACACGGAUACAGCCCCAACAAUGCUAAUACAGCACAUGGAAACCACAUCUGCUCAGGGCUGUGCUCUGCAGUACCUGGAAAACCAGAGGAGGUCCAAGGCUCCAAUCACUUAAAUUCCUUCCAGUUCACAGCUGGAUACAGGAGCAGGAUUCGGUUUGGGUCUCAAGUGCCUGCUUCAACCAGCACCUACGGAAGCUGUGGCAUGUUAGAGGGCAUGGAAAGCCAUCACCCAUGA